AUGGGGAUGCCUCUAGUCUGGGACGUUCUGUCCUCGCUCGGCCUGCUGAACAAGCACGCGAAGCUGCUGUUCCUGGGUCUCGACAACGCCGGCAAGACGACACUUCUGCACAUGCUAAAGAACGACCGUGUUGCCAUCCUGCAGCCGACGCUCCAUCCCACAUCUGAGGAGCUUGCCAUUGGCAACGUCCGUUUCACCACGUUUGAUCUAGGCGGCCACCAACAGGUAACCUGGGCCGUAGCACGCCGCCUGUGGAAGGACUACUUCCCCGAAGUCAACGGCAUCGUCUUCCUCGUCGACGCCAAGGACCACGAGCGAUUCCCCGAGGCCAAGGCCGAGCUCGAUGCGCUCCUCGCCAUGGAGGAGCUCGCCAAGGUGCCCUUUGUCAUCCUCGGCAACAAGAUUGACCACCCAGACGCCGUCUCCGAAGACGAGCUGCGCCACCAACUGGGCGUCUACCAGACCACGGGCAAGGGCAAGAUCCCACUGGAGGGCAUUCGCCCCAUUGAGGUGUUUAUGUGCUCUGUUGUGAUGCGGCAAGGCUAUGGCGACGGUAUCCGGUGGCUCUCGAACUACGUCUAA